AUACACUUAAAAAAUCUAUAUAAACCUGACACGUUCUAUUAAAAUAUGACCUACUACUUUGAACAGGAAGAUCAGGUGAGUGUUGACAGAACAUACGAACUCAAAUUGAAAAUCGAUACAAUGAGAGAACGUUGUUUAUUCCAUCUGAACCAUUUUAGAUACAACAUUUUAUCUUUUCAAUCGAUGUCACUUAUUCUAAUUGUCGUCUGGCUUACUGAGUUCUUCAAAUGCCAGGAUCUCUGUGAACAAUGUGAAUGGACGACCUCGGAAAAUGUAAUUUUUAAAAAUUGUUCAUAUCGAUAUGUAAGUAAUCAGUUUGAUCGUUAUACACAUACUCAGUCUCAGCAUUAUAUGUACUUACAGAGCAUCAGUAUGAAUCAGUCUCAGCCAGCUGUGAAUACAAGUUUGGAUAAACCCAAUGAUAUUUUGGCGAGUUGAAUACAAUUUGUGAUUAAGGUACUUUUCACUAUGUUUACAUCUUUUUAGUUUGUUACACCGAAACUGUCGUUUAAAUAUUACAGUAGUCAAGUCCCAACUUUCACUAUUAUUUCUCAUGGUAAGUCAGUAAUUUUCUUUGACCUCAAAUUAUAACAUAACUUUCUUGAUAACAUUUCUGUCCAUAAAUCCAAGUUGAUUCCAUUUCUUUAUUGAGUUAGUUUUAUGCCCCUUAAGACAUGCAAAAAUUCUUCGGAUAUCCUUUCUUGUUCAAAUUGUGUCGAUAGUGUGACGCUUUAUAGCAAUCCAGAUGCUGUUCAUGCAAUUCAUUUAAGUCAUUAGUUUAUUUCAUUCAAUGUAAAAUCAUCAAUCAUAUUUCAUGUUUUCA